CAAGUGCCCCACUCCUUCUCCCCUACGUACUUCUCCACAGAAGUCUCUGUCCCGUACUGAGGACAACUGGAGAUGAGAUCAAAUUUUAUAGCUCUACGGUAUCAGAAGACUCGAAGCCUCUUUCAAGUUGUUCAGACUGGGGAAGUGGAAUUGAAGAAGGCAAAAUAAUGAGGAUAUCAGAUAAAGAAAUGACAAAUUCUGUUUCAAACAAUUCCACCAAUCCAGCGGAAAGGGAAACCGAUGAGGUGGUUCUGAGGAGAAGGCAAAAACAGAUCAACUUUGGAAAGAACACCCUUGCCUAUGACAGAUACAUUAAAGAAGUUCCAAAGAAUCAACGAAUACCAGGAGUUCAUCCUAGAACUCCCAACAAAUUUAAGAAGUACAGCCGUAGAUCCUGGGACCAGCAGAUCAGGCUGUGGAAGAUAGCGCUACAUGCCUGGGAUCCUCCUGAGGAAACCUGGGAUCUGCAGCCAGUUAGUACAGAACCUUCAGGCAGUUCCCAAGAAUGGGUCUACAGAGAUCAGGAUGACUCUGGCUACCCAGUAUUUGAUGAAAAGCAGAGUAGAAGUGGAUAUGAAGAUCAAUACAAAGAGACAGACUAUGCGUCAGAGAGUCCCUGUUCUCCCGAUUCUUCUCCAGUAUGGAAACGCAGAAAACGAAAUAAUCCUGACUCCUCUGCAGUCUCAAAGGGCAAAAACCAUUAUGUGCAUACGUACCACGCACUGGAAGGUCUUACUGAAUCAGGACAUCAGGAGGCUUUUUCAAGGUAUUCAGAGUGGGGAACCUCAGGUGAAAAUGAUGAAAUAAUGACAGUACAAUAUGGUAUAGAAGUAACAAGUGCCCAGGUUCCAGCCAGUUGUUCUUCAGGAUGGAAUGAUCAGAAACAGAAAAAUUCCAGGUUUCCGCAUUAUAGCACAACAUGCGGAGACUCAGACUACAGGCUGGAGAGGCUUAAACUUUGCAGCAGUUUAUUGGAAGGACGUCAGUCAGACUACCCUGAACGGGGAUGGGGAAGUGCAGGUGUUGAAGAUGAAAUAAUAAGGAAAAAAAUCUAAACUGCAAGUCUGUCUUUGUAUAUAGAAGUAUCAGAGAAGAAAGACUUUCUCCUGUGAUACAGUGAUUUGAAGGAUAGGGAUAUAUUGUGGGUUCAGCAGAACAAGCCUUGGACGACUGAUGCAGUCUCAUAACUUCUGCACUGAAAGAGGAAGAGAUUUAUCGUCAGCAUGUGUAUAAUCAACACAAGGUGAAAUGUGCAGGUUUCUCCAGAGCUUUAAGGAUAGAUCGGCUUCUGCAAGCUUUGCCUUGAACGUAAAACCUCAGGUUUCAUUAAGCCUGGGGCUAAGAUGAUGGACGUUCCCUAAAGCUUUUGUGAGAAUAUUUCUGCUUUAUCUGAGUUGGCAGAUGCCAUGUGCGUCAUAUUGUAAAGGCUACUUCAGUUUUUGGAUCCUGCUGUUGCCUUUUGGAGAUCGUGCUACUUACAGUGCACUAAUGUUAUGUUGGUGUAUUGGUCCAAUAUUGAGUCAGUGCGAAGGAUGCCACCUCUCAAACCACGGAGUUAAGCCCUUUUUCCUGUACUGGACCAGAAUUAUGUAUUCAACCUGAAGAACUGCUUCAGAAGAAUGUAGAUAAUUCCACCCUUUCCUCCAGUUGUUGAAGACAAACUCCUUCUAGAUUUUGGAUGGGAUGUUCAUCCAGUUGGUUUAUUUUCCAUUUUCAGAUAAUGUAUAUUAAGCUAGCAUCUGUCUAAUCCUGGUGAGACAAGAGAAAAGGAAAGGUUUAUCAAAAGCAGCCCCCUCUCUUUGAGGGGAUGAGUGACUUAACAGCAACACAGCUUAAAUAUCUGGAUUUUACUCUUAUGCCUGUUACAGCCUGCCCCAGAGAGCCAAGCUGCUGCUGAGAAUAAGGAAGGAUGAAUUCAGUGGCUGCUGUUGCUACAGAAAUAGAGGAAAGCAGCACUACUGGAGCAGGUAGCUGCUCUAGGGUAUGGAGUGUCCUGGCUGAGGGCUACUAUGGUCACCCUCAUUUUAUCUUUCUAGCAUUGUGCUCAGAUGCUCCAAGUGAGUGCUGUGGUUACAGUGGAGUUUAGACAAGAUUCGUGUAUUACAAGAAACUUUUAUAGUCCUUAUGAUUUUGUUUGUUUUUUGUGUUUUCUGAUGUAGACUGUACUAAAAUACAAAUGUAUUGGGAAAUGUUAGCAUUGGGAAUUCUCAUUGCGUUAGUGUAGCUUUGGCAUUGCUGCACCUUGUCUCCUUGCAAGACCACUGCAGAAACUGUGGCAGUUAUAGUGAUGACGCACGGCAGCCUUGCUGUGGGACCAGCAGUGGACCAAAGGGCCAAAAGACUAUUGUGCUGUUGAAGUCGAAGCAAGUUGCUUCCUGACAAACUACUCCCAGUGUCUCCCAAAACAUAACUUCUACUUGUGUUGCUCAGACCUUUUUCAAGUUAGUUUUGAAGAACUGCUGUGCUGGUCUGGGUUUCCAGACGUGUUACAAAAUGUCCAAAACAUGAAGAAAACAACACUGUAGAAAAUACUGUUGCAGUGUGCAGGAGCAGUAGGUUGCCUUCACCAAGAACUGCCAUGCGUGCAGAAACUCACGGCUGCAUUUAACCAUCACAGGUUUGACAAUUUCCAGGGAAGAUCAAAAUUUCUGAGUAUGAAGGGGGGGAAAGUGUGCUCCUGCUUCAACAGAUAAACGUGAGCCUUAGUUACAGCUAUCGCUCAACAGUAAGAAUAUCCUUUUUGCUGUGUGUGCUCUGCUUACACAAGCACAGGAGGAGGGCCAUGCCUCUGACUACGAGUCAAGUCAGUUAAUGCCUUGUCGGGGUGAGGAGAGCUGCCUGCAGGUUGGUGACUUCUAUCCUAGAUGCUUCCUGCAGCUCU